CAAAACGUACAAACCGUGGCUGCUACAAAAGAGCACAAUGAGAACUUCAGCUAAAGUUCUGCUGGUGAGCGUGUGCGUCGUCUACGCAGCCGUCAGGUGGAGCGGACCCAGCUUCGACGCAGAAUCUCUGAGAGGAGCCAGGGUGCUGGUGACUGGGGCCAGUACUGGGAUCGGUGAACAAAUGGCGUAUCAUUACUCCCGCUUUGGAGCCCAGAUAGUUAUUACAGCGAGGAGAGAGAAGGUGCUGCAGCAGGUGGUAGAGAAGUGCCUGAGUCUGGGAGCCCAGAAAGCUGUGUACGUAGCAGCAGACAUGGCCGAUGAGGCGCAGCCUGAGAAAGUGGUGGACUUUGCUCUGGAGAAGCUUGGAGGUCUGGAUUACCUGGUCCUCAACCACAUUGGCUCGACCACCUUCAGCAUGUGGGACGGAGACGUAGAGCACAUGAGGUGGCUGAUGAAGGCCAACUUCUUCAGCUACGUUCAGAUGGCUUGGAGAGCGUUGAGUGCCCUUGAGCAAAGCAAAGGAGCAGUGGUGGUGGUUUCAUCACUUCUGGGUAGAAUUCCGACUCCCUUCAUGGCUCCGUACACCACAUCUAAGUUUGCCCUAGACGGUUUCUUUGGGGUCCUUCACCAUGAGCUGUCCAUGAAGAAGAGCAAUGUGUCCAUCUCUAUAUGUACGCUGGGCCUCAUUGACACUGAGUCAGCUAUGGAGAAAGUCAGGGGGGUCCUUGAUGCACCAGCUUAUCCUGCCACAGACGCAGCCUUGAACAUCAUCACUGCAGGAGCCACGAGGCAGCAGGAGCUCUUCUACCCCUGGUUCACCUACAGUCUUCACCUAUUCAAUGACUGCUUUCCCUCUGUCAUGAACCGCGUCAUCCAGAACAUCUACAAAUACAAACCAUGACAUGCCCUGGUUGUGUCUAUAUGCAGAGUUAAAUAUAGUUUAAAAAGUUAAAUGAAAAAAUGAAUUAUAGAAAAAAUGUUAAACUUUCCUAUUAAAAAACAUGUGAGUUAGA